GUCUGUAUGUGUGUGUUUGUGUUUGUGUUGGGUGCUGUCUUCCAUUAUCUGACUGUUCAGUUUCAUAUUGUAAUAGUGACUGGGUCUCUCUUCCCUAACUUGUCUUUCAGUAUUUUGGUUUUCCUCAUAGGGGACACUGCUGUUGUACCCUAAUGUACUAAGGCUUAAACUGCAAUGCUAUAUCUGCCUCUUAACACUGACUUGAGCAUGAAGAGCACAUCUGUAUGCAUAAGCGUGGGUGUGUCCAUCCCGGUCAUGUGCUGGGCUCCCAUCCAAUUGGGAAGGGCGAUUGCGACAGCAUAUGGGGUGACUGCUCUGUGGGAGGUCUGACUCGAUGCCCUGGCACGUUUCCCUUGAGGCACGCGUAAGCUGACUCCCCUCCCAGCGGUCACCUACAUGGCAUGGGGCUGUGAACUCUGACCCACAGCAUAUGCUGUGUGAUGUGAUAACAGAGCUCCUCGACAUGAAGCGUCCCUCAUGUCGGAUCCAUACUUUGUGCAGUUCUGAUCUUAAGCGGACGUUGUGGUCUGUUGUUCUGAGUGAGGGACCCUGUAAAAGAGGCCUGUGAAGGAAAUCUGCCGCGGUGUAUCGCAGCACGAGGGGCUAGGCACACACUUCUGCCUCUCGCCAUGGGUCUGAUCUCCUACCUGAAGACGCAGUUCAUCCUGCAGCUGCUCAUCAGCUUCGUGUUCGUGGUGAGCGGCCUCAUAAUCAACUUCAUCCAGCUGUGCACGUGCGUCCUGUGGCCCUUCAACAGGCAGCUUUACCGCCGCAUCAACUGCAGGCUGGCCUAUUCCCUCUGGAGCCAACUGGUGAUGCUGCUGGAGUGGUGGUCCUGUACGGACUGCACACUCUACACUGACAAGGCCACCUUGGACAAACUGGGAAAGGAGCAUGUCAUCAUCAUCCUCAAUCACAACUUUGAGAUCGACUUCCUGUGUGGCUGGACUAUGUGUGAACGCUUCGGGGUUCUGGGCAGCUCCAAAGUUCUGGCCAAACACGAGCUUCUGAAGGUCCCUUUGAUUGGCUGGACCUGGUACUUCCUGGAGAUAGUGUUCUGCAAGAGAAAAUGGGAAGAGGACAGAAAUACCGUUUUCAGUGGGCUGGAGAGACUUCGAGAUUACCCAGAGUUCAUGUGGUUCUUGCUCUACUGUGAGGGAACUCGCUUCACAGAGAAGAAGCACCAGAUCAGCAUGCAGGUGGCGGAGAGCAAAGGCCUGCCCAAGCUCAAGUACCACCUCUUACCUAGAACCAAGGGCUUCACCACCACGCUGCAGUGCCUCAAGGGGACAGUGUCUGCAGUUUAUGAUGUCACACUCAACUUCAAGGAUAAGAAGAACCCAACGCUACUGGGCAUCAUAAAUGGGGAGCAGUACAAGGCAGACAUGAGUCUCAGGCGGUUCCCUGUGGAGGAGAUUCCAGAGGAUGAGCAGGAAUGUUCAACCUGGCUUCACACAUUGUACCAGGAAAAGGAUGCACUACAGGAGCAGUAUAUAAAAGAAGGCAUUUUUCCCGGCUCCUCAUUCAAACCCUCACGUCGGCCCUGGACGCUGCUCAACUUCCUGUUCUGGGCCACUCUUUUGCUCUCGCCCCUCAUCAACUUCGCCUAUGGAGUGGCGGUCAGCGGCUCGCCCCUUCUCAUCAUCGGCUUCGUCCUCUUCAUCAUCAUAGCCUCCAUAGCAGUGCGGCGUCUCAUUGGGGUCACCGAGGUCAAGAAAACAGGUUCUAGCUACGGCAACCAAGAGGCAAAGAAGGAGAACUAGAGGCACGCGGUCGCCAUGCCGUGACCAUGCGGUCUCUGCAUGGUCACAGCCCCUUUUUUAUUCUCUUUAAGGGCAUGGAAGCACGCUUGGGUUGGGGUUGGGGGUUAAUAGUGAUUACACAUAAUUCAGAGUAGUAAUAAUUAUGAUCUGCAAUGACUUUCUGCAAGCCUGAUCCUGUGUGGUUCCAUCCACACCAGACAUGCCACUGAACUGGCAGACGGACACUGAGGGCGGAGGGGGGUGGGUCUGGCCCCCCCUCCCUGGAGUCACUACCUCCUGGUUCUGUCAUCUGUUCACUGACAGAGGGAAUGACUCCUCCUGUCCCCACCUGUACCUUCACCACUGGCCAGACAGGACUCAGAUUCAGAGUCACAGCUGCUUUUCCCUCCAUUAUUUUGAACUUUUUUUUGCUCUUUUAAAAAUAAUUAUUGUUGUUUUUGGGGUGGGUUAUGGGGAGAUGCACGUCUUUGGCCUGCUGCUUAAUAGCCUCCUGCGGAGACCCAGCACUCCAGGUUGCUUCCUCAUCCUGCUGAGAUUCUCCUCUUCCUCUGCUGGGACAUGUUCCAGAGUAGGCAGCAAUGCUGGUCUGUUUUCUGUGUUUCAAAAUGGUGGUCAUGGCAGAUCUGCACAUAUCAUUAACAGAGUGAGGUCACCUCACCACUCUUGAAUAUUAAUAAACUGUUUGCAUAGUUGCGAUAUUCUGACAUCCUAUAAUAGUCCUGCUUAACAGCAUGCCAUUGGGGGCUUUUAUUUCUGUGGCCUGUUUGUGUAUGCUCAGCUUUCUAGCAAUUUGAUUGUUCUCCUCCUUCCCCCCCCUCUCUAUGACAUACCCAUGAAUGCAUAUAUUGUGUUAUCUGGCCACCAGCUGUCUCCCAUUGCUCAUUUCUUUGACUAACAGCUGUUUUCCCCAAUGAGGCGAGACAAAAACAGGUGGAAAAGGUGCCUCAGUCCUGAAAUCUGACACCCAUCCCUAUGACUGUGUUAAAGGAAUUCCCUAAAAACAUGUAGCUGAAGGCAAGAGCGCCCUCUAGAGCCUGGGCUCAUGUUGGAGACAGAGGGUGGGACAGUAUAUGAAUGUGACACCCCUAGCAAAUCAAUGUAGCGACCACUGAUUUUGAAUUUUUUUGCUCCCUCCCUAUCCCAUGCCAAGCAUGCUAGCAGCUGUGGCAUCAUGGGUAUUGAUACCAGGUGGGCACUUGUGCUAUAGUGCCAGUAGGCUUUCACACAGACCUGUCAGUGUCAACUUUCUGCCAGAGGUGUCGCUCUCUACCUCGUUUGCAGCAAAAACAUCAGGGAACCAGGGGGACUACAGUAUCUGGAAAUUCUCUUUGCCUCCUGUAUUGUGUAUCAACAGCCUUUACACACAGGAACCUGCGUUCUGUGUCACAGUGAAAUUUUCCUUCAAAUUCCAUAAUGGCUUUUCCACACUUUCCAGUUUGACUCCUUUUCUCUUUGAGCCAUUCCUGUUUCCUCCUCUGUGUUGCUGAAAGUGAUCAAAAUGAAGAGUAGAUCAUAGUCAGAUGCAAUAGAUGGAGAGAGAAAAUAUGGCUCUAUCUCCUCCUCUUCUUCUCCCACGUGCUCAUGAGAGACUCCAGAGCCUGUACUCUGUUUUAGGAGAAGUUUUUGCUACUGUUCUGGAAAACGACACUCCUAGUGAAGGAACCACAAGGCCGUCAGAGUUAGGAGACCCCGUUCCAUUGCUUAAUGUAUAAAGAUUCUCGUCAAAAUUAUUUUGUUGUAGCAAUAAUAGUGUCUGCCUUCUCUUGGUUCAGUUACCCCCCCCCCCCCGUUAGUCACUGGAUAAUAGCUGAAAAUUGUACAUAAUCAUGCACCACUAACAGGCAGCUUACAACAAAAAAGCCUUCGUUAAUAAUUUUAUUUGCAUUCAUUCAUUGAUUUACUUUUUUCAUUGUCUCCAGUAAUUCAGUUAAUUUUUGGUGAAUGACUUUUGUGACAUGGCUGGAGCUCCCAUCCACUUUGCUUCUAUUUGUGUUUACUGUAAAAUGGGGUAAUUUAGUGGCAGGGGUACUGCUAUAAAAUGAAGCGUUUAAACAAAUGUUCAGCACAGGAGUCAGUCACACUGCAUAACGGUGAAGAGUCCACUGAAAAACACCUGUCUCUUUUCACCUUUGACCAUUUAUCACCCGUCAUGCCAAUGAACCAGUAUCUCAGUAGAGCUGUGAUGUGGAAGGAACCAUGAGACGCAAUGUCUUUGGCUGGGGGGAAGAUGGAGGGUGAUGAUCUGUUCAUUGUUUUCUGUUGAGUUUGAUUGCCAGUGAGCAGGUUCUGUGUGAUUAACACUUUCUAGAGGAAAGAUCUGUGCAAGCCUGGGCUUGGAGUAUAUGCAUGUGCGGCAGCCACUGUAACUCCGCACGAGUAGCUGCCUGUGAGAUGGCAGCGGUAUGCCAAAGAGGCUCGCAGAUUCCUGCACUCAGAAAGGAUUUUAAAAGUUUAAUUUGAUACGUUUCUUCCUAAAGCUGUGUUAAGCUGUGGAUCUGUUCUCUAAAAGGCUGGAGAGAUCUUGGGGGGGGGGGGGGGGCUUGUCUCUUCAAACUGACCUACCUGCAUGUUCAAAGCUGUGGCUAUCUUCAGCCCUCUCUGUAUUUAAUGUGAUACUAAAUGAGCAAACUUUCAUGUUAGCAUUGUACUGAAAUGAGAAGGGCGAGGUUCAGCCUAAAAGUCCCACCGUUACUCCUCCCUCAGGUAUCUGAACAGCCUUCCGUUGACAUUUGUCCUGAUGAGUAACCUGGAUGAAGCAGAGAGAGAUGUAAGCGUUACCUGUGUUAUACUAGAAGUUUUUACUGAAAACUUACUUUAACCACAUAGAAUUUUUUGUUAUAUAUAUAUAUAUUCUUUUGAAACUAUAAAUAAACUAUUAUAGAGAACAAACUUUCAUAUUUUAGUAACUGACAUAACUGUAUUUGUUUAUUAAAUUCAGAACAUUAAAGAGUAAAUGACCAAAUCGACUGACACUUUACGUCAGACAAAAUGUCAUGCGUUAAUCUUAUGUUGCUGGUCAGUUAUUUUGAGUGCACCUCCUUGGCAAAAGGAUUCUUUAAAAAAUGAAACGAUUUGAGAUCUAGAAUAUCUUCGUAUGAUUGGUGAGAGGAAUUUAGGAUGGUGGACCAAUUAGGGCCAUCUGGCUACAGUGUCAGGUCCAGAGUUCUGUGCGGAAACCAGAAGUGACUAGCAGGCUUCCUCCGGCAUAGUGGUCACAUGUUAUUGAGGUGACACUCACUUUCCCUGAGUGACCCCACACCCACCUUCCCAGCAACCAGGAGCCCGCCCCCCAGCAAGUUUUUUUGGGGUGGGAGGCGCCAACAAGAAGUCUCAUCAAAUUAAUGCAAAGCGGCUUGAAGUCAAAAUAGAAAACAAUUUUGUCACUUGUCAAAGGGAAGAAGAGGAUACAGCCCUCUAUGAAAAAUCAAUGGGACUUACGCAUACACUUAAUGCAGUUAAAACGGUUUGAUUUCAGUUAGACUUUUAAUGAAUCUAUAAACUCGUAUCUUCCUAUGUGAAGAGUAAAAAAUUAUGCCUGAUGUACAAAUGUAACCAAUUAUAUUUUGGCUGCCUGGGUGGUAUUCUUAUUUUUUGUUAUUAUUUUUGCAUGAUUUGCGGUAAUGUGUGAUAACAUUCAGGGAUUUGCUUCCUAAGUGGCUGCACAACAGGUUCAUCUGCGCCAUGGGACACGACUUACAUUGUACGUUUUACCCCAAAUGAAUUAAAUAAAACGACUUCCUAGACUAA